GUAAACAAACGUAGGAAAGUACGUUACCUUUGAUUGCGUGACCAGCCAGUAAACGAUAGUUUCCAGCGAAAAAUUAGUCUGCUACACAGCCGUUUUUAGUGUCGGAGGAGCGUUGCGUGACGACACUGAAAACGGCUGUGUAGCAGACUAGCGAAAAAUAGGAUUCGCAAAAAUCUUGCUAAUGAAAAUUUAACAGUUUGUUACUAUAAAUUUUAUAAAUUUACACCUGGUUUUUCUAAAACUUUAAACAAUGCAUAUCUGUCCAAGAGUAUAAGAAUGUUUCGAAAGAUCCACCCCUAAAUAACUGUGGGCUACUCCUUUUUCCCCAUCACCGAUGUGCACUUCCUUCCCACUGUCUUUUGCAUGAGGCUUGUAUGCCUUUUUAACUGUUAUCGACACUUAAAACUGGCCGUUUAAGGUGGCUGAACACAGUUUUGUGCGCGGUCAGCGGAAACUUGCGUGGCGGCGCGUGUUUUAAAUUAGACAAGCAAACAUGGCGGCGAAAAAAACAAUGGUACAGAGAAGACGAUUUCUCAAAAUCUAAACAUUAAAAUUUUGUGAUAUUUGGCAGAAUUUUUCCUUUUAUCGUAUUUUAAAUAAUGAGAACUUUAAAAUGGAAGUUGAACAGACGAAUUUUGCGACACAUUUAAUAAUUACAGUAAAAUUAUAUUAUUGAUUAUCUAAAAACCCGUCAGUUAAAAUUUGGUCAAAUAAGUUUCAAAUGGUAAUGAUUACUUAUAGUAAGCUGUGUGCAAGUUUAUAGCAAAAUCUAAUGAGCGAAUUUUGUGUAAACUGAGCAAAAGUGAAAUUUUAGGGUUGUAUUCAAUCGUUCAUGUUGCCAUGGAAACUACGAAAACGCCACAUUUUACCUGUCAAUCAAAAUCUUUCAUCAAUGUAUUUUUCACUUGCCAAGUUUCAGCUUGUGAGCUGCAACCUUUCUCUUGCCAUGAUUUGGCAAAUAACAUAUAGUCACAAAAUGCCAAAACUGUGUUCAGCCACCUUAAGGCCUGGUUUAAGAACUUGACUGACUUAAAAAACCGUCGCGAACAUGCGCUAUUAUCGUUGGACUUUGGAAGCUUUAAGCCCAAAAUGAUGGUGCAAUCUCGAGAAAUUUGCCCGGGUCUAAUUUUAAGACAGGGAACGGGUACUAAGAAAGGGACGGUCUCAUUUAGCAACCCGUGGACACUCUGGGCAUUCUUGCCUUCUGUCGCAGGGGUAACCUUUAAGGCCAGGUACGCCGCCCCCACCCGAGAGGAUUGCAUGGCAUCCACCAUUUCAGUCGCUUUUUUUACAUCAUGACCUUCAAUUAUUAUGAAUUAUAAUGCGGGCCUUGAUCGUUGCCACCUUACCAGAAGUCUAAUCUUCGUACUGUUAGACCAUGAGAAUCUCUAUUAUUAUUCCAUAAAUGCACCAUUGACUUUUCCUUGCUCAGCUUCCGGUAAACCGACACUCCGAAACAUAGUUAAUUGAGUGGAAUGGUUAUGAAACCCGUCAGACUCCUUUGUUAUAUGUUUUUGAGGACCUGAAAGUGCACAAUGUUCAAAAGAUUUCCUAUCAUUUUGAUUGUAUUGACCAAUAAAAACGUUGCAUUAAUUUAUUCCGUAACAAUUUACCAACAGAAAACAAAGGAUUGUGCACUUUCACGGUACUUCCAACAGAAACUGCAGCACUGUUGUUCUUAUCAUUGAUGUUUGCCGCUUUUCAUAACCAGUCUCCUCUAAUAACUAUAUCCCAAGCAAAAAUAGCUUUACAACGACUCUAUCCAGGCCAGAACUCCUGAUAUCAACAAAUAUACCCCCCCCCCCCUCUAAAGAAAGCAAACGUUCCCCGAACUAUUCACUUGACCCACCCCAUCCCUUCGUUAAGAAAAACUACGCACUCAGUUCACUGGACAAAACGCGCUCGUAAAUAUACCAAACUAUAGCCGUUCAUCCUACAAGCAAUCUCAGUUUCAGCAGGCGUGGCCACGUUUCCAGUUGCUGUAAGAUUAAUUCGACACCUGCAACAGACACUGUAAAUUAAAUAGAGUGUUUUCACUCACGUGGCCAGCAUCUAUACAAAUUUAUUGGAACAAAAGAAAGCGUUUGCAUAAGAAAGGAGUUCAACUCCCUCAGGACUGGUUUGGGACGCCAAUAUGGCCGCCGUGACGUCAUGUGAAAACACUCUAUACCUUGAAACUGUCAGGACGAGAAAGUUUAUAAAAGACUUAACAGGUGUGCGCGGCGGUUUCCUUUUCUUCCUUUCCUCCCAUUGCAGCACUCAAAUUCUGACCCUGAUAUUAAUUCUAGUAGUAAUUAAUCGUUCCUGAGCCGAUAGGCACAAGGAUACCAGUUUCUUGCAAAAUAUGCUGUGACAUCCGUUUGCUCAUCCCCUUUUCUGCCUUCGGCCGUUGAUUAGGUUUGGUUCUGUGCUUUGAAAUAACUUUAGGAACGAACAUGAUACGUGAGGGGCGUGUCCGGCUAAGGGCAAGUGACUGUACCACGUCGCGAAAAUAGAACAAGCCAAAGAAAAAUAAGACGCCUUUCUUUCCCCAGGCCACGCAGGUUUUUCGCAUUACUUUUUACUGCACAACUGAUUCUACCUUUUCGAGCCGGAGCGAACAUGGACGCCCUCCACUUCAUUUUCGGCACCUGACUAAACGCAAGCGCUGACUUGUGCGCCUAUGCUUCGUUUGCACUGAAGUAGCAGUAUAUGACCACGACAGACUUGCUGCUAUCCUUGGUUUGAAACCGCAAUGGGCAAGAACAAUUUCUUGAAAAGAGCAAACUAUUUCCUCCUUAGCAGACAUGGAGAACAACUACUAGGACUUAAGCAAUACCAUUGCUUAAGUCCUACUAGACUUGAAAAGAGAAAGCACGAUGCUGUCUCUUUUUUAUGAUUUACGGCUAAACAGUACAAUUUCAUGUAGCUUUUACGCAAAAUUAAAUACUUAGUUGUUUGCGGAAUUGCAUUUAACAACAAAUUACAGAAAUUUAACUAAGUUUAGAUCUCAUAGAUAAGAAUUGAACGGAAAAAACUUUUGGGGUAAAAAAGUCAAAAAAUGUUUGCUGGAAAAUCACUUAAUGGACAUAAAUUAUAUACAAUAGCAGAGAUAUCAUGCCUGUAAUUUUCCGUUCAAUGCACCUUAUGAGAAGUCUGACUAAUCCACUGGUAACCCAUGCCUUAAAACCGCCUUGAACCUUAAAAUUUAAUCCAUUUGCCUUUCAUGCGUAGUGCAAAUAUAUCUUCUAAACACUCCGGGGUUGGGGGUAAAAUCAGAAAAACAGAACAUUCAGUUACUGUACCAUUUUUAAAAGUGGGACAGUAUGUUUCCUAAUCAUCUUAGUUAACCGCUUUUAAAAUAGAACAAAAGGACACCUGGUCAUACAGGAAAAUGAAUUUACUGUAUCCCGAAAGCUUUGGUUUCCCGUGCACUUAUUUUUCGCAGGAGACAAUCGAUAAUUGCCUGGUCACGCAAUCGGAGGUGAGUAAACUAAUUAAAAGUCACUGAUACCAUCGCCGCUUAGCAAAUACACUACGUGCUGCAAAGGAUCCAAAUUGCGCUAGAAUGUUUUCCUAUUCGGCCCACUUUUUAUCUCAGGUAAGGUACUGCAAAGCGGAUUCAUUUACGAAGGUUCGAGCGAGAAUUAUUUCAUGAUGUUAUUCUGAUUUCGCAGUCACGGGAAAACAGACCUAGACUCAGGUCCACUCGCAGACGCCAUGGCACAAUCUACAAGAUCUCACUACAGACAUUACCCAUUGAACUGCCUCUCCUUUUGAAGAUUGCGUGUAUUUCAUUAAAACAGGUACAUAUUUAAAAAAUCUUGUUAGUUUCUCCCUUUUAACGAGCUCAAAUCGAUGCAUAAAACUAAGGUGACGUGCACGUGUCAACUGACCCUGGGGGCAAUUAGCCAGCUGAUUAGCGGUUGUUUGGGGCAAAAUAACCUCAAAAUAAUCAAUCUAUUUUACAAGCGUUCGCGAGAACACCAGACUAACUUUCAGAUAAUGUUGAAGUACUAUAUCUCAUUAGGAAGUAAGCGGGAUUUGGGGUGAUUUGGAGAAUUCCCCCAUAUAGAAAAUUCGAUUUUGGUUUUAGCGGUAAAUUGUUGUAUUUAUAAACAUUAUGCAAAUUACUUUUGAAAAUUGUGCUCGUUCGUCGAUAUUUUAUCCUCUAAAUCUAAAAAAAUGUGCUGUUUAGAAAUUGUUAAUAUCUGUUUUUUGAGAUUUAAGCGGAAGAUUGCCAAUAUAUUCGCUCGUUUAUGAAAGUCAGCUCAUUUCUGUCGCUAGGCUAUAUUGCCGUGUUCGGCGGCUAAUUUUAGGCCCGCGGACCGUUGAAAUCGAAAAUCUCAAAUAAUUCCCAAACUCGGCCACAUUUUGAAAUUUAAACCUCAGCAGUGUUAUAAACUCAUAAAAACCUUAUUACAGACUUAAAAUGAGGGUAGGUUAGGUUUUGAGCUGUGGCCACGGUUUGCUCGAUUUUCCUGUGCAUUCGCUCUUAAACAUUUUAACACUAUGCCUUUAGAAAUAAAAAAAAAACUGAUAUUAUGGUUAGUGCUCUUUGAUGAGGUUUGUUUGAUCUUCUUCAUAACACUACAGGAGUAUUUUGUUUAAGUAAUGAGUUCAGCACAGAAUUGAGCUAAAAGAGAGCUACCUUAGUAGUACGUAAUUUCGCGAUUUUGGCAAGACAGCAUGUCGCGGGUUUUUAUUUUCGCGAUUUCACUGGGCAGUUAUGAAAACAGGCAUUAGAUUUUGCGAUGAAAGCGUUCUUAACCUGAUUUUAUUUUUCAAACGUCUGAACUUUUUAAAAUAUCGAGAUAAAAUGAAACAAGAAAAACGGAAAUUAACGUUAUUUUACAGCAGAAGACACAGUCAAGGAAUGGUACUUACCAGUUAACCAACCACUAAUUUGUCGGUAUUUGUGCAGUAUAUAUUGUAGCUGUUUCAUUUUUUUUCUGUGAUUUCAAUUUUGUGUAUGGGUAUUUAAUUUCGCUUGUUUAAGGUGGCUGAACACAGUUUUGGCAGUUUCUGAGUAUAGGUCAUUUGCCAAAUCAUGGCAAGAGAAAGGUUGCAGCUCACAAGCUGAAACUUGGCAAGUGAAAAAAAAAAUGAUGAAAGAUUUUGAAAGACAGGUAAAAUUUGACUUUUUCGUAGUUUCCAUGGCAACACGAAGGAUUGAAGACAACCUUAAAAUUUCACUUUUACUCAGUUUACAUAAAAUUCACUCCUUAGAUUUUCCUUUAAACUUGCACGCAGCUUACUAUAAUUAAUCAUUACCAUUUGAAACUUAUUUGACAGAAUUUUAACAGACGGGUUUUUAGAUAAUCAAUAAUAUGAUUGUAGUGUAAUUAUUAAAUGAGUCACAAAAUUCGUCUGUUCAACUUCCAUUUAAAAGUUCUCAUUAUACAAAAUACGAUAAAAGUAAAAAUUCUGCCAAAUAUCACAAAAUUUUAAUGAGUAGAUUUUGAGUAAUCGUCAUCUGUGUACCAUUGCUUUUUUCGCCGCCAUGUUUGUUUGUCUAAUUUAAAACACGCGCUACCGCUGACCGCCCGCAAAACUGUGUUCAGCCACCUUAAAUCUCGCGGGGAUUUUUAUUCGCGGGUCUUUAAUUUCGCGAUUUUUCCACAAUUACGAAAACCGCGAAAUUAGUACCAAUAAGGUAUAUACUCGUGACGUAAUCCCUUUAAUGUUGGUAAUUGAUUUAAUUAUUGUAGGCGCCGGCGCAGGAAAGACAGCAAAGAGAUCCAGGUCGUCGAGUAAAGGCAAAAGGCCGUUAUCUUCAUGUGCUGUUCCCGCUGCAAAACAACCGAAACUGUUGAAAGAGGAAGGUAAGGUUCGUUUCUGGUUUUUUUAGAGUAAGGGUUGGUUUGGCGUUACAUGUGUGUGGUAGAGUUUAGGAUGAUCUUGUGUAGUCGGUCUCGUGUUUCUAAAAUGCGGCUUCAUAAGCUGCAUAGCUCACGAAGUAAGAGUGUGACAAAACUUCCCGCCGGCUCAACUUGGCUCAUCCUUAUUCUUCUCGCAGCCCUAACGCCUAAACAAAAACACUUCUGAAAUAAAGCACUUGUCUGGGUUCCUCUGCAGCACAGGGCAGUGGCUUUAUUAUUUGGGUCCCCUUUUCUAGUUGGACAUCAUGAAACUAUAGUUUCGUGGCCUCGGUUGCACUUAGAGAAAAUCUGGAGAUUCUCAUGUCUGGCACACUCUCCAAACUUCUGGCGUGCUUUGUAACACGAUAUGCUUAGCGUAAGACACAAGUAGAACGAGGCCACAUCUAAGCCGAAAACCCUGGUUAUGCUUUUAUCACGUUACUUUCACUGUAAGAAACUAACUAUUUAGCGCUAGCCUGUUGUCAGUCACAUCAGCCUGCUGCGCUGACUUUCUCAGGGGUUCGUGACGCCCCAGGAAAGUCUGCGUGAGAUGCUCGGCUGCUGAAAAUCGAACCACAUUCCGUAUCGUUUCUAUUUGCGGUGUAAUGAACAAACCAAUCACUUGUCAGAAAAUUUAGAAUGAUCUCAGUUCUGUUUUGGAAGGCAAAUGAUUUUUAUAUUAUUUUUUAAAGAAAUGAACCGCAAAAGUGGAAUGUUUUUAUGGACAAUGCAUGGCACUUAGUUUUCAUAAAAAUGUAAGCGUUGAUAGCAUUUUCUUUUUCGCCAAAUGUUACCAUUGUCUCGGUGAAGCUUGUUGUGUCACGGAUUAGCAUUAAGUUUAUCUUCGAUAGUUUACGUUUAGCUUUAUCCAGCUCCACAAAUAUUCUCCAAAUAGCAGAUGUUGCCCUCCGAGUUGUCUUCUUGCUGUUUUUGCCAUGUUUUUAGCUAUUAUUUCACCUAGUUCCAGGUGUAGUUCUUACUCUUGAAACGAGUGAAGUGUCCGCCAUUUUAGUUUUUACAACAAAAACAACUCAAUCUCGUCCCCAGGUCUUAUCGGUUAACGGUGCAUUAACCUGUAGAAGGCUGCAUUUUUGACGUCAUUUCCUCGUUAAAUCAGGACUCGAGGGAAAACAAAACUAACUGGUUUCCCGAGGGACCUGACAUUAAGUGUUUUGUUAUAUUUCUAGACUUUCACUUCAACAGCAACAAAAGAAAAACCGGAGCGAACCAAAAUAGUCGACUCGGUGCUUAAAACAACACAAAUUUAAUUCUCAAAAGUGUUGAAUUAAUGAUUUACAAAGUACUUUCCUCAUGUUAUCUGCAACUUUUUCCUCCACUAGCUGCUGUUUUUUUCUGGGAACUUCUGGGAUAACUUUAAACAUCGUUGCUCUUUAGAUUGAGGCUUCGUGUUUGUGUUGUUGUUUUCAUUCAAAUAAAACUGGCAGGACCUGUGUUUUUCCCGCCUUCUGUCACGCCACUUUCCACCAUACUUUGAUCACGUGCUGUAAUGUAUCCCUAGCGGGAUACAUUGCCUCAUGUAUCACGAUCGGGAUACAUUUGAUUUUAGUCAAGGCCACGUGACCAAGAAUCAACCAAUGGCAGUCCCUGUUUAGUUGAGUGAAAGUCUAAGAAUAUAACAGUUGUGUUUAUUGACAAAUAUUCCCUCACCUUUUUAUUUCCAGCAGGUUGGGACAACUCGGUUGUUGUUGAAUUGCUCAAAGCUGAAUACAAAAGGCGCUGUCUGUUAAGACCACUUCUUUGGGAUAGCACUAUCGAGUUACCCCUAGAGAACGUUUACACGAGACUGAAAAUCAUUUCAAGACGAAAGUUGGCCAGCCAGAUGGAAGCCACUAUGGCGAGUAUGUUCCAUGUCAUAACCCCUGAAAAAGGUGCGAAUGUCCUAACGCUAGCACAGGGAAUUCCAGACUUGAGGGUGGACGUGAAUAAUGAGUUUAAUGUGUUGGAUUUCUUCAAAGCUCCUGAUCAAGUUGAGGAUGUCAUGAGGCUAGUAGAGGGACAAAAACCAGACUCAGUGAGUGGAAAUGACGAGGUGAACGUGACUGAAAUCUUCAAGACCCUUGAGAAAGGUAAGGAUGUCAUGACGCUUGUCGAAGGAAGUCCAGGAAUCGGUAAAACAACGUUUUGCCUUAAACUUGCGUAUGACUCAACGCAUGGAAAAAUCCCAACAGAAUGUUCCUUUCCCAAGUUUGAAGUUGUGCUGCUUCUCAAGUGUCGAGACAUUGAUGGAAAUAUAAUGGACACCAUAAGAGAACAACUUCUGCCCAGAGAUAUCGAGGAGAAGAUUGUAGAGAAAUUGUUGCACUUCUUGAAGGAUAUUCAUAACCAGGAGAGAAUUUUGAUCAUUUUGGAUGGUUUGGAUGAGCUACCUGAAAAAUCACGGCACCAUGUAGAUGAGCUGCUUCACAGACGAAUUUUCCCAUUUUGCUAUGUCUUGGCUACGUCACGACAAGAAAGAGGAAUCGAAGCACGAAAAUACUUUGUAUUUGACAUUCAUUUAGAGAUUAAAGGGUACACGGAAAGUGAUGCUAUUGAGUACGUAAGAAGACACUUUAAAACCAUUUGUCAGUCACCAAAGGGGGAGAGGCUGAUUGAGGAAAUGCAACAGAACACCUUCUUGCAUGCACUCCAAAAUAACCCGUUAAAUUUACUUCUCCUUUGUGUUGUUUAUGAGGACUACGAGGGAAAAUUGCCGACUUCCCGGACGGAACUUUACCAAGUCAUUGUCCAAUGUCUUUUGAGACGAUACUGCGCCAAACGCAACUUACCCAAUCCUGAAGAUGACAGUGUCCUAGAGAAAACGUUUGAAAAGGAAGUUCUUGCACUCGGAGAGCUAGCUUGGGUAUGCCUGCUGAGUGAUCGCUAUGGUUUCCCUGAAAAUGAAUUGGUUGAGUUUGAAAGGAAAUACCCGGGAUUGGUAGCUCGUGAGCUAGGCCUUCUUUACAAGGAAGAAAGUCUAAAGAGAUUAAAGCCUCAACAUGAGUACUGCUUUCUUCACAAGACCUUCCAAGAGUACGUGGCUGCUGCGUAUAUCGCAGAGAAGUUAGUAAAUCAACAGUUUAAGGUUUUUGAUAACAUUCUCUUUGAUGUCUUUGUAACGAAAUAUCCACAAGUGUUUAUUUUUGUUUCUGGGAUGCUGGGCGAGAAAGCAACUGUCCUAUUCACCCAGAUUGGCGAGGAGUUAAAGAAAACAAAUGACUGGGACUGGAACGAGGAUUGCAAUAAGGAGGAAGCUACUUUCUUUAUUCAAAGCUUUAGUGAAAAUGGACAUGCUGAACAAAUGGCAGCUACUCUUUGUAACUUUAUACCUUUUCCAAAGGUCAUAACCCUUGAUUUACGUCAUUCUUCUUUUGCUGAGGUUUUAAUGGCUUGCAAAAGCUUUUCAAAUUUACAGACACCUGUUGAACUCUAUGCUGAUACGUGUUUUUGGGAGGAAGGAGGGUCUUGCGUAUUGAAUUAUAUAGAAUCUUUUCCGAAACUGACAGUCGUAAGUUUUGUUUGUGGUAAGGAUUCUUUGACGUCAUCUGAUACAGAUCGUCUUUGCAAAUGGUUUUCUGCGACCAAGAGUUUAUCAGAGUUUACUUAUAAACUCAGACUAUAUUCCACCUAUAAGGAGUGUGACCCGCUGGUUCAAAUUGGACAUGGGUUGGCUUCAUGUCGAACUCUGACAAAAGUAACGUUUGCUUUGCCUGGAUAUGCUUAUAGCGAGGACUUUUUCAGUGCGCUUGAAACCGAAUUUGCAACGCUGACGUCUGUUGUUUUCGAGCUACGUGGCUCAAUGAAGUACACUGCAACACGAGCCUUACAAAAUUUUUUGUCAAAUAGAUCCUUGAAUUCUGUUUCUCUUUGUAUUGUUGGAGUCGUGCUGGAUUCGUUAGUCGCUGCUGUCAGUGAAGCACUUGCAAGGCAAACAGCUUUAAAAUCUCUUGAUCUACAUCUUAGUGGACCGCUGAGUUCCUCUAGUGCCAGUUUGCUGGAAAAAGGGCUCACGAAAAAUAGUUCUUUGAAUUAUGUAAGACUGUGUGUCCACGGUAAGCUCCCUGGUAACUGGCAUUCUGUUGUGGAAAAUCUUCGCUUGGCGAAAAAGUCCCCGGUUUGCUGUUCUAUUUAUCCAAACAUCUUUAACAACGUAGCAAAUAAUGAUUUUCGUCCUGUUCUGGUUAGGAAAGGGUUAAAAGUAAAGCAACACUUAACUGUUAACAUCUGGGGUGAAAUGAAAUGCGAAGCAGCAGAAGCUCUUUGUGAAGUCUUGGCACCUUCCUCCAUUACCGUUCUCACCUUAAACGUGCGUGGAAAUUUGGCAAGUGAAGUUUCUAAUUCCAUUGUAAGGUGUUUGGAAGAAAACAAGACGCUGUCUUCCCUGUCCAUCAAUUUAUGGGGCGAGUUGACAACAGAGGGAGGUAUUGUUCCUUCCAGCCUUUCAAAAAACAGUCGCGUUCAGUUAAAUGUGCAUGAUGUGCGUAUAGGCCCAGCUGAGUCGAACAAUAUUCUUGUUAUCACUACCGAUAAUUCUGCGGCAUUGGGAGUUUUUUUCACUAACGUCAAGGAUAGAAGAAAAGAAAAAGUCAGUCUUACAAUCAAUAACGAUAGUAAUGUUACCAAACAGUGGACACGUUGUCUAGGUGAUGUUUUGGCAGAAAACACAUCCCUGACCACGCUUGAUCUUACAGUCAACAGCUGCUUCGUGGAUGCAGAUUUGGGCGAAAACCUUGGCGAAAGUUUAUUGCAAAGCACUUCUUUAACAUCUCUUAGUCUCGCGUUCAACUGUAGUAACAUUAGAGAAGGAUGGGAAUGCAAACUGGGUGAGCGUUUGAUCAAAAUGGCAUCUUUAACUACACUCAGUCUUGAAAUAAACGGCGACGGCGAGUGGAAGGAUAGUUUGAGUCCUACACUCAGCAGCCUUGACUAUGUUGAGGAGAACCAGGAGAAUUGUUUGAGUCCGACUAAACUGAGUAACGUGCUAGCGGCAAUCAAAUCAUUAUCCUCCCUUUCUGUUGCGAUCCAUAGUGAGAGCAUGGGUUCAUUUUGGGAUAAGGUUGUAGGUGACUGUUUGAUAAAAUGCACGUCACUUGAGAAACUU